AUGGGAAAUGCAGAGGAGCGUCACGGGGGCGUAUCUCUUUUCCCACUUCAGCAGCGCGAUAGGCCCCGCGCACGAGUCCUACGGCUUAUUGCAACCUCAUUUGUCUUGUUUGCUGCUACCUCUUUCUAUUACCUGACUUCGUUUUACGGCCGCGCCUCACAAUACAAUGCCUUUGACAUAGCCAAACAGUGUACCAUCAACAAUCUUCACUCCAAUCUAUCCUUCCUCGACCCAGCUGUGCCAAUCGCUGCAGAUGAGUUUCUUGAGCGAAGAGAUCGGCUCGCUCGCGCCUUGGUCGAGUCGAAGGUAGACGCCUUUGUUCUGGAGCCUGGUUACACUUUCCAAUACUAUGGCAACAUCUCACAGACUGACUGGGAGCCCUGGGAGCCCGAAGAGCGACCGUUCCUCAUGCUCAUUCUGCCCGAGGUAUCUCCCGCCGGUAUAGUUAGCGCCAAAACGGCUUUUUUGUCACCUCACUUCGAGGAGGGCCGGGUCCGUAUGCUAGGAAUCCCCUCGAGAGAUGCCGAACUGGACAUAGUCAUUUGGGAAGAGCAUUGGAACCCAUACGACAUUCUGCUCAAAUCCUGUCUUUUCGACGGCAGACCUGCAAAGCUCAUGGUCGAUGAAGAGAUCCGCGACUUUAUUGUCCGCGGAUUGGACUCGGCUGGCUUCCAGACCGUCGGCCUCAACGCUGAAAUCGAGCUUGUCAGGCAGCGGAAGAGCUCGGCGGAAGUUGAGCUUCUGCGUGCUGUGAAUACCGGUACCGUUGCUGCUGUGAGAUCCAUGCGGCCAUGCCUGCUGCCUGGUCUCACAGAGGAUGAAGUGACGGAAAUCCUGAACUCGGCACUGAUCUCUAUCAAUUUCGGUCUCUUUUUUAACAUUGUACUAUUCGAAGAACACGGCGCACUCCCGCAUGGUGGAUUCGUCACCGGAUGGAAAAAGUUGACCCACGAAAGCAUGGUCGUGAUCGAUGUGGGUGCCCACUACCUGGGUUACAGCUCUGAUAUCUGUCGAAGCUUCCUCAUCGAUCCACCAAGACAACGAGAUCGCUCUGUCAUAGACCUGAUACUUCAGCUGUUUGGAAGGAUGAGCAGUCAACAUGAGGUGCACCCCGCGGACCCCGAGUUGCGUGCUGAGAAGUUCAAAGUGUGGCAGGUUGUCCUGGACGCCCAAACUGCUGCUGCAGCCGCCUUCAGACCAAACAACACAGCAGCGAGUGUUGACAUUGCAGCUCGCACGAUAAUCGAAAACGCAGGAUACGGCUAUGGAUUCACACAUCGCUUGGGUCAUGGAAUCGGCAUCAAAGCCCACGAAUCGCCGUACUUGAACAAGUGGAAUAAGGCUGUUCUUCUUCAGCCUGGAAUGACGUUUACAAACGAGCCAGGGAUCUACUUGGAAAACCGGUUUGGCGUCAGACACGAAGAUAUAUACUUGGUCAAAGAGUCUGGCGAAGCGGAAUUACUUACUGGGCGAAGGGCAACAGGGCCGUACGACCCCUGA